AUGUCCUCAAAUGUCGGCCUAACAACCCCAAGGGGAAGUGGCACAUCAGGCUACGUCCAAAAAAACUCCGCCUUCAUCAAACCCCGCAACACAGGCUAUGGCGCCCCAUACCCACCAGUCAGCGGCGCCAACGGCAGCAGCCCCAUGGAUCGCCCCUUCAAGCAACGUCUACCAGACAAGCAGAUCCUGGAACAUGAUCGGAAGCGCGCAAUCGAGGUGCGCGUCAUGGAGGAGAGAGAUCGACUUGAGGAGGUCAAUGAGAGGAUUGAGGAGGAGCUGGCCAAGAACAAAAACAGCAAGUCGAAGACAAGCUCUAAAAAGGACAAGGAGGAGGGUGAUAAAGAGGAAGGCGAAGACGCAGACGAUGGUGAAGAGAAGGUCCUUACAGAAGAAGAAAUUGAUGCGCGGUGCGAGAUUCUUCGGGUCCGGUUACUUAAGGAGCUGGAAGAUGAGCUUCAGGGCGGGGGUGGGAGUGGCGUGUUUAAGAAGCCUGCUGCUGGGGGCAGGGAUAAGAGGCAUCUUAAGUCUUAUCAGGUUCAUGAGCUUGCUGAGGCGAAGAUUGAGGAGAGUGAGCGGUUGAGGAGGGCGCUGGGUAUUCGGGAGGAUCGGGAGACGGGGGAGCUUUCUAGUUCUAGGGAUUCGAGGGAUAAUCGGGAGAGGAGGAGGGAGAGGGAUUAG